AAUAUUUCCGUGGCACAAACAAAUUUUUUAGCAUUUUUUGUUUUUUUCCUGCAAAGAUCAAUGUCUUCAGCAUUUCUAGUUUCUCUCCCACCAAUAAUGGAGUCCUGUUGUUGAAUGAUCGACCAAUAAAAACAUCCCUGUGUUCGAAAGUUUCAGAAGAAAAGUGCAAGCUUUGCAAGUUUGAAGGGUAUUAUUAUUAUGGCACAGUUCACCACGCAGGGUCGCCUGAAGCUGCUCUUGAAUGGGGAGGGUGUGUCUUCUGUUUUGGAGCACAAGGACCCUUUUCUCUACAAGUGCAGAUCAGUUCAGACCCACAAGAGAAGAACAAGGUACGCAGGUUCUUCUGCCAGAAUUUACUAUGCAUCAACAUCAUCUCUGAGUAGCAAAAGCCACCGUUGUAAUGCGGAGGCACGUCACACUUCUGGCAAUGGGAGUGUUCAUGAUGAAUAUGAUGACAUUGAUGAUGAUGAGGAUGAGGAUGAUGAGGAGGAGGAGGAUGUGUUUGACCGAGAUGGCUUGUCUUGUUUCCGGGGUUUGGUGUUGGACAUAGCUUACAGGCCAGUAAAUGUCGUAGGCUGGAAACGUGCUAUAUGUUUGGAGUUUAUGGAGAAGGCAGAUGUACUGGAGUAUUAUGCUAAGACAGUGAAUUCCCCCAGUGGAUCUUUCUAUAUACCAGCUGUCUUAAGGGUUCCUCAUUUACUUCAGGUUGUUAAAAGAAGAAUAAUCAAGAACAAUCUUAGUCGGAAAAAUAUACUAUUUCGGGAUAAUUACACCUGUCAGUAUUGCUCUUCGCACGAGAAUUUGACCAUUGAUCAUGUUGUGCCUGCUGCACUAGGUGGAGAAUGGACAUGGGAAAAUCUAGUGACUGCUUGUGCCAAAUGCAACUGCAAAAAGGGUAGAAAAACUUUAGAGGAAGCAAAAAUGAAGUUGAUUAAGCCCCCAAAGGUUCCAAAGGACUAUGACAUUCUUGCCAUACCUCUAACUGCUGCAGCUCUAAGGAUGCUGACAAUAAGAAAGGGAACACCAGAAGAAUGGCGUCAGUAUCUAAGGUCUCCUUGAGUUAAACUUCAGUGGUAGUUGUAUAGUCCUGUAUGUCAUGUCAUUCACACUAAUUUAUCCUUGACUAGUGCAACCAUCUCAUUCUAAAUUUGAAUUAUUCACCCCAAAAAAUUUAGAACGGAUUAUCUUGCUUCCAAAAUAUAGUAAUGGGGCCACAUUGUAUUGUCUUUAGUGCACCCACAUUCAAUUUCACAUUUGAUGAGAAUGCAGAGUUGGUGCAAGAUCCGUACUAGCAUGUAAUGCAUGCCCUGAGCAAAAACUAAACAACAUACACGCAAACGGUUGAUACUACUUUAGUAAGAGUAAUGCUGCUUACAGAAGUUUAAAUUCAAAUGCAA